AUGUCAGGUCCCAAGUCACCAUCAUCAUCAUCAUCAUCAUCAUCAUCAUCGCUUGCCCCGCGAGGAGAAACCAAUACUAUUUCUCGAGAUGAAGACAUAGCCUCGGAGACGGAGCCGCUGCUUUCUAGCACGUCCGCGACUCCCAGAUACGACGGAGAUCAAGACGACCCUAACGAUUCUUCCGUCGCCUACCCCGGUUCUUCCGAUGCAGCAAAGAACGCGAUGGAGGAGCGGGCCAGGCGCUGGCCUUCGCUCGUUGCUGCGCUGAUCCUUGGAAUACUAGCUACCACCAUCCUUCUGGGCGCUUUCCUCCUACCGUCCGCCGUCGAAGUGUAUGCGAAAGAGGCGGCCGUGCUGGAGCCCACGAGCUUGUCACUCGAAUCCAUCACGGCCAACGGCCUUCGUGCACGGAUUCAAGCCAGCUUCCGACUCGACGGCUCGAGAGUUCAAGAUGAUGCCUCGAGGCGGCUAGGGAGGUUUACAACUUGGGUAGUGAGAAAAUUGGGCACCGAGGAGACCCGGGUGGAUUUGUACUUGCCCGAUUAUGACAAUGCUCUCCUGGGAACCGCUGUCAUCCCUCCGCUGGUCAUCAGUCUAGUGGACGGGGAAACCACCCCGCUCGACUUUAUUACCGAACUCUCUCCGGGUGACGCAGAGUCCUAUCGUACAAUCGCGAACGACUGGUUAGAAGGGAAGCUCGACCGACUCAAGGUGCUUGGCCGUGCCGACCUCAGCGUCAAGUCGGGCAUCAUCCCGCUUGGCACUCACCCCGUCACUGAGACCCUAGUCCUGGAAGCGAAACGAAUACCUAGUCUCCCAACCUAUAAUAUAACCCAGGUCAACUUUCGCGAUGUCACAACUCCCGACGGCCAUGGUGGGGCACUUGGUGCUGAUAUUUCCGUUACCGCCUACAACGAUUUCCCCGUCAGCCUAGAUGUUCCUGAACUUGGGUUCCAGGUCCUUGUGCCGGACUGCUAUCCCAGUGAUCCACUCAUCGUUGUUGCGGAUGCCAUUACUGGACAUAUCACUGUACGCCCACAUGCCGACGUCCUACUCGAUGCGCAUGGCCUUGUCCAGGAGAUUCCGACGCGGCUUACGCGUGUUUGCCCGAAUUCACGGUCCUCGCCAUUGGACAACUUCUUGCAGCAGUAUUUGCAUGGCGACUCUCCAACGGUUUACGUCCGAGGUCAGCGGUUACCGGAGUCGAAAACUCCGGACUGGAUCAGUGUUACCCUAUCUAAUAUUACCAUACCUGUCCCGUUCCCCGCUCAUAAGGCCGACGACUUCAUAAGAAAUUUCACUCUCACCAACGUCCACUUUAAAUUGCCGGACCUCCUGGGUGGUCCUGAGGAUCCGAAUGACGAUGGAAACCCUCGAGUGUCCGGAAACCUCAAGGUUGUCGCCGUUCUUCCGGGGGAGAUGAACCUCGGAAUCAAUGUGACGGGCCUUCGCGCGACGGCCGACGUCUUCUACAAGGAACGUAAGAUGGGUGAGCUCAACAUUAGCAAGUGGCAGCACUCCACUUCUACCAAGAUGGAGGAAGAGCAAAGCCAUCUGACCCUACUGAAAAUCGAAUCACGCGUGGAAGAUGUCCCCCUCGACAUUACUGAUGGCGACGUGUUUUCCGAGGUUAUACAGAAGCUUUUUUUUGGCGGCCAAGAUGUUUUGCUCGAUGUCAAGGCCAAUGUUGAUGUCAAAGUCAACGCCGUCCUCGGCGACCUGGCCCUGAAGGGACUUCCCGCCAAAGGCCGGCUUCCAGUAAAACAUAUGCCGAACGAUCUCUUUGGGUCCAUCAGCCCCCAGGUUGGAGAAGUCAGGAUUCUCGACACCAGUCCCACGUCCAUUCAUCUUGAGGCGGUUGUCAAUCUCACCAACCCGACGCCUUACACGGCCUACAUCCCCUAUAUCAAUGUCCACGUUGCGAAGAACGGGUCUGUGGUGGGAAGCGCCACCGCAGAGCAUUUGAACAUUACGCGAGGGAACCAUACUAACAUUCCGAUUACUGCCGUAUGGAACCCUUUCGAAGCUGGAGAGAAAGGGAAAAUGGUCGGGAAAGAAUUGCUGUCGCAGUACUUGUCUGGCUUCAACGUCACCAUGGACAUCCAAACGCAUCGUGACAGCAUCCCUGCCGUGCCCCUGAUCGGGGAAGCUCUCUCGCGUCUCAACAUCAGCCUCCCAGCGCCCAAACUGAAAUUUGGAGAUGAGGAAGACGAUGAGGGUCGCUUUAUCCGAGACGCAACUUUCCACUUGUUUUCUUCUACCGCCACUUUCACACUUGUUUCACCCCUGCAUUACAACACAAUAUAUAUUGACACGGUCAACGCGACGGCGUAUUACAAUCACACGGAGCCCGUCGGAAGGAUAGAGUACGACAUUCCGUUUGCUGCCUUACCGGGGACCACGAGAACUCCGAAUUUACCAGUUGAAUGGUCAGUCGGGUCGAUCGGUUACGAUGCAGUCAGAAAGGCUCUUGGAGGAGAUUUACAGUUGGACGCCAGGGCUAAUGUCACUGUGAGGAUUGGGAACUGGCGGGAAACGGUUUGGUACAUAGGCAAUGGAAUCGGCGCUCAUAUCAGAUUCUGA